CCAAAUCUACCCGCCAUGCCGACCGGCCCGUCCUCCUCUACCUCCGCCGCCGCCACCUCCCCAGAUGCCGUCACCGCCCCUCCCCCCACAUCCUCUCAACCCCCUCCCAAACCCUUCCUCUCCUCCCCCGUCCCCUCCUCCCUCCGCCCCCCUCCCACCCCCCUCUUUUCCCCCUCGCCCCAACCCCUCCUCGGCAAAACCCUCCACCCUCCCCCUCCCCCACCGUCUACCCAGGGCGUCCCCUUCGCCGCCUCCCACCGCGCCUUCUCGCCUCGGACCGCCGCCGUCCGCCCGCCGUCCGCCGACCAGACCGUCACCGUAGCCAACCCUGCUGGGUAUAUUAGGAAUGCGAGCCCUACGGCGGUCAUGACCUUCGCCCCCCAGGCCAGGCCCUUUGUUUUCGGCGCCACCGCCGCCGAUCAUGCUGCCCAGAUCCCGCCGGCCCACACGAUGAGGCCGCCUCAGGCGAUGCCUGUGCCGCCGUCCUUCGUAGUCCCGAGGUCGGGCGGCGCUGCUACCGGUGGUGUGGCUGGUACUCCCAAGAGCGUCACUCCGGCCGUUACUCACCCUAAGGUUACUUCAUUCCCAGUGGUGUCAUCAACAUAUGAGUAUAACAACAGUAAGGAGAGGGACAAGAGUAGAGAAGAUACCAUUGUGAUGAUUAACGACCGGAAAGUUAGAUUAUCUGAUGGUGAAUCAGGAUCUUUAUAUGCUCUUUGUCGAUCUUGGGUUCGAAAUGGUUUGCCUCACGAAAGUCAGCCAAAUUUUGGGGAUGGUGUGAAGCUUCUGCCAAGACCUUUGCCUCCAUCAAUGGUUGACACUCACAUGUUGAAAAAGAGUGAAGACAUUAAUGAAGCCGAAGAUUCUAUCAAGGAAGAGGAUGUUGGUUCUGUUGAGCAGUUAUCGGCACGUGAUCUGUUAGAGGGACAUAUAAAGCGUGCCAAAAGGGUUCGGGCACAGUUGAGAAAAGAGCGCCUGCUACGGAUUGAACGAUAUAAACAAAGACUUGCCCUUCUCCUUCCGCCACCAAGUGAACUAGGGAGGAAUGAUACUGCUCCGGCAAAUUGAUGCACAACCAGGUGACCUUACAUUAACAGACAACUACUUGAUGUCCCUUUGCUCCAUCAACUGUGCACUUGUUGUGUUCAUCCAGAGAGGGAAGUUGUAUAGCAUUUCGGAUAACUGGCUCUAGUUAUGUGAGAAUGGUUUAGGACAACAGAGAAAAUUAUAAACUGUACCUGCAUAUCUAGUUCUUAUUGUUGCUUUUGGCCUUCGGAUUUGUCUUUGUACUGCUUUCUUUGAUAAUGUAAUCCUUAGAUGAGUUGUUAAGCUAGAAUCUUGUAUGACAAGCCAUGUAUAUUUGGAGGAGUGCUUAAUCCAAGGAGAAGAAAAGUUUUUGGCUGAAUAGUUAGUCCUACAGUGUUCUUGUGAUCAGGUGUUACCUUUUGAUGAGUGCGUUUAGGGAUGCAUCUGUUUUCAAAGCUACAGGAUCUUGUAAUGGAUGAGAUGUCUGCGUCAGAGAACUCAUGUGAUCAUGUGGCUGGAACUCUUAUGUUGAUCCAGGAAUCCAUCUACAGAUGUACUGGAAAAAGAAGUGUCUUGGUGUACUUGAGACAGCCAGAAAUUUCCACUUGAAAUAUAUUGGAUCAAAUCAUUAUUUA